UGUUCCUCCUCUGAUGUUUCAAACAGGGGGGAGUGAGUGACGAUGUGUCUCUGACGGCCUACAUCACAGCUGCCAUGCUGGAGCUCGACACAAACACCUCGGACCCUGUGGUGCAGAGGUGCUUGAGCUGUCUGAAGGCAUCAGUGGACUCCCAGCUAGAAAACCUGUACACCACCGCGCUGCUGUCCUACACCUUCACUCUGGCUGGAGACGAGGAGACGAGGAGCAAACUCAUCACUUACCUGAACCAGAAGUCCAACACGCAGGGCGGCUCCCGUCACUGGGAGAGAGCCGGGGCUUCUGGGAACAGGCCUGACUCUCUGGAGGUGGAGAUGACCUCCUACCGUCUGCUGGCUCUGCUCUCCGGUCCGGCCCUGCCAGACUUCGGCCUGGAUUACUCCUCCAGCAUCGUGCGCUGGCUGGCCCAGCAGCAGAACCCGUACGGGGGCUUCUCUUCCACACAGGACACGGUGGUGGCCCUCCAGGCCCUGGCUAAGUACGGCGCGGCCACCUACAGCGCGGAGGGCAGCACGGCGGUGACGGUGACGUCUCUGGGAGGCCUGAACACAGAGUUCAGAGUGGAUCAGAGCAACAGGCUGCUGUACCAGGAGCAGAAGCUGAGCGAGGUCCCCGGAGAAUACACCAUCAGGGCCCAGGGCCAGAGCUGCGUCAUGGCACAGAUCUCCAUGCACUACAACAUCCCCCCUCCCCCCGACUUCUCUGCCUUCAACAUCACCACCAACACCAUGACCAAGUGCAACAUCAACAGGCCGCAGCUCAUCCUCUUUGUGCAUGUUAGGUACAGUGUGUGUGUUUGUAUGUUAGCU